GCCCAUGUAAAUUUCAUGAGGCCCACAACAGUAACUACGAUCUCUCCAUCUCUGAGAAAUAUCAAACUGAAUAAGAUAAGGCAAAAAUCAACAGUCGACACCCCUCUCAGCAUCCUCUCGCGCAGCAACAUGCUCUGUGUAACUAUAAACACCCUUUCCCUAAAACCAUUCACAUCUCCCUUCACUCACAACAACCUUUUCCUUCUAAACCCUUCACCUUUUCAAUUUUCUUCUUCUAAACCCAUUCUCAGGUCCAUCUCUGCUCUCAUCCUACCCCCAAAUUCCCAACAACAACGACCCCAGAGACAGCUUUACCAGCCGUUUAGACCGCCCCCUUCUCCGAUCCCAUCCAAAUUUCGCAAUCUAGACACUGCCUCUCGUCUCGAAGUCCUCGCCAAUCGCCUGGGCCUCUGGUUCGAAUACGCCCCCUUAAUUCCCACCCUGUAUCAGGAGGGUUUCACCCCUCCUUCUAUUGAAGAAUCCACUGGAAUUUCUGGGGUUGAACAAAACCGACUUGUCGUUGCUGCCCAAGUGCGGGAUUCCCUCGUCGAAUGCAAUGCUGACCCGGAAGUUCUCGACUUUUUCGGCACCGGUGGUGCGGAGCUUUUGUAUGAGAUAAGGCUGUUAAGCGCCUCACAACGGGCCGCCGCUGCACGCUAUCUUGUUGAGAAUAAUUGUGAUGCUAAAGGAGCACAAGAUUUGGCGCGUGCGGUGAAGGAUUUUCCACGGAGGCGUGAGGAGACAGCCCGGAAGAAGUUUAAUUAUGUUCUUCCAGGUGAUUGCUUGUCUUUCAUGUAUUAUAGGCAAAGUAAAGAGCAUAAAAAUCCAUCCGAAGAGAGAACAAGAGCUUUAGAACUUGCAUUGCAAGUUGCUGAGUCUGAUGAGGCUAAAAAUUUGAUAGAGAGAGAGUUACAGGAAGAUAGCGAGGAGAAGGACGGUAAAGAAGAAGAAAUUGAGAGUGGGGUUCAUGUUCCAGUUGUUAGAUUAAGGAUUGGUGAGGUUAGUGAAGCAACUAGUGUGGUUAUUCUGCCUGUUUGUAGUGAGGAGGAGAAGGGAAAAGGGAUUUCUGAAGCACCGUUCGAGUGUAGGAGUGAAGGAGAGUUUGGAGUGGUUGCGGCUGAGAAGGGGUGGAACAGGUGGGUGGUGUUGCCAGGGUGGAAGCCUAUUGUGGGGUUGGGAAAUGGUGGAGUGGUUGUGUCGUUCAGUGAUGCAAGAGUGUUGCCAUGGAAGGCGAAUACGUGGUAUAAGGAGGAGGCUAUUUUGGUGGUUGCAGAUAGGAGCAGGAAGGUGGUAGAGGUGGAUGAAGGGUUUUACUUGGUGCAGCUUGAAGAUGGUGAGUUGAAGGUGGAAAGAGGGUUGGCGUUAAAGGAACGAGGAGUGGAAGAAAGUUUAGGGACUGUGUUGCUGGUGGUUAGGCCACCAAAAGAAGAGAUUGAUGAUCAAUUGAGAGAUGAAGAUUGGGAGUGAAAUGAAUAGUAUUUCGGUUGAAACUUUACACUCAUUUAGGAAUUUAACAAGGGUGGAGCCUAAAGAGUGCGAUCAUACAGUCUUCAUAUCAAUGGCCUGUGGCAGGAUUUUUGCAACUUGUUUUGAUGCUGAAGGAUGGCCCUAGCAGCAGUUAAUCCUGUUGUUUGUAAUACUCUACUCAAUUUGUUUACUAAGAGACCGGUUAUUUUUUGAUUGUGUAUGCUGCUUGUAGUUUAUCAAACAACUUAAAAUUACUACAGAAAUUUUGCUGAAUUGCAGCA